ACCGGCCCCACGCGCUGCUGCUUUGACUUCAGCGCGAGCUCCGUCAGUUAGUCAGUCUCGCGGUGAGCGGCCGUUAGUGCUGCUGUCCUGUGUGUCGUAACGGAGGUCCUGUACAAUAAUGUAUAAUUAAGUUUAUUUAAUUAGUAGUGUUUUGUUUUUAAUUCGGUCGUUUGGAGAUAAAUUAAUAAAAAUGGAGGCUGUGAGUAGGUGGACCCCGCAACAAGUGGCGGACUGGAUGACAGGUCUGGACGACAGCCUGCAGCAGUACAUCCCGUCCUUCCAGCAGCAGCAGGUGGACGGGGAGAAGCUGCUCAGGAUGUCCCACCAGGAGCUGCUGUCUCUGGGCGUGUCGCGGGUCGGACACCAGGAGCUGGUGCUGGAGGCCGUGGAUCUGCUCUGCGCCCUGAACUACGGCGUGGAGUCGGACAACCUGAAGACUCUGGUGGGGAAGAUGAGGACGGCGCACCACAGCCUGAGCAGCGCCGUGUCGCAGCGCAGGAAGAACCCCGCCUACCACAGCAAAAUCUCCCAUCAGCCCUCCAACGAGUUCCUGACGGCCGUGGUCGAGCUGAUCGGAGCCGCCAAGAAUCUGCUGGCCUGGUUGGACAGGACUCCUCUGACGAGCGCCAACGACUUCACCUCGACCAAAGGCAGAAUCAUCCAGCUGUGUCUGGAGCUCACCUCCACCGUCCAGAAGGACUGCACCGUUUAUGAGAUCGAGGAGAAGAUCAUGGAGGUGUCUCGAUCUCUGAACAGUAUCUGCGAGAAGACGGUUCAGGAGACGUCCGACCCCUCGAAGAGCGAGAUGGCCUGUCUGGAGGAGGUGCACAUCACCAACGUGAAGCCCGGAGAGGGACUGGGGAUUUACAUCAAAUCCACCUACGACGGGCUUCACGUCAUCACAGGAACAACAGAGAACUCUCCGGCAGAUAAAACCAAGAGGAUUCAUGCUGGAGAUGAAGUCAUUCAGGUCAACAAACAGACGGUGGUGGGCUGGCAGUUGAAGCACCUGGUGGAGAAGCUGAGGGCGGAGUCCGGAGGCGUCGUCAUGGUGGUGAAGAAGAGGCCGUCGGGAACAUCCGGCGGCUUUGCGCCCGCUCCGCUGAAAAACCUGCGCUGGAGACCGCCGCGAGUACAGACCUCUCAGGGAGCUCAGGGUCUCUACAGAUCUCGACAGCCAGAAACCUCCGACGCUCCUGGGAAGAGAGGGAAGACGACCAUAUUGGAUUUGUACGUCCCUCCUCCACCUGCAGCACCUUACAUACCGCUAGAUGCCAACAUGAACGUGUCUCCGGCUGUCAAAAUGAGGCCGAAGUCUCCGAACUCAUGUCUGGACGCAGACGUACGGCGACGCGGCACCGACGACAAGCGGACAUCCGUCGGCCCGCCACCUGAACCCAGCCAACCGGUCCACGUAUCCCUUCGAAAGCGCUCCUCCACACGCUGUAAACCUCGACCCGUCUCCAUGCCAGUGGAGUCGUUUUCAGCAGACUCAUCCUGCAGGUCCGGAGCUCAUGGAAGGAAAGGUCCGGACGUUCUGCACAGAUACCUGAGUAACGAGGGAAUCAGCACCAUCACGGAGGAGGAGCCGUGUUACCCUCUGCCGUAUCGAGGACACCCGUCGGUCCGCGGCGUCGACCACAUCAGAGGCAGCCAGUGCUUCAUCAACGCUGACCUGCACAACAGCGCCACCAUCCCUUACCAGGAGGCGGUGUCCAAAAAGUCGGCUGCCUCCAGCUCUGCCUCCGCCGCCGCCGCCGUCUCUCCUCCUCUGGCUGUAAACAAACAGUCGACGUCGCUGCUCGGAGGCUGGCUGGCUCGUCUCAGGCUGCUCAAACAACCAGGACUGUCACACCUGAGGAUCGAGAGGGAGCGAGAGGGAAUACAGACUUCUCUAACUUGUGAAACAGGAAGGACGGUGUGGUGUGGUGUGUGUGUGUAUGCAUGCAUGUAUGUAUGUGUGAGUGUGAUUCUGACUCUGUGGUCUGUUUGUGGGUCGACGCAUGAAGUCUCACAGGCAGCGCUGAGAAAAAACUUCCAGUUCCUCCUCUGCCGAGCAUCAGUCUGCUGCAAAGGCACCGAGCUGCCGGACGUCCACGAGCGAGCAGCCAUGAGUCGGCGGCGGGUUUCGGUCAAAGAUCUGGGCGCGUUGGACUGUCAGGGCUGGCUUCUUCGCAGGAAGGACAGCCGCAGCUUCCUGGGAAGCCGAUGGAAGAGAUACUGGUUCGUCCUGAAGAGGAGUUCUCUGUACUGGUACGCCGACAAGGAGGCCGACAAAGCUGAAGGUUUCAUCAACCUGUGCGGAUUCACCAUCGAGCAGGCCAAACAGUGCAGGAAGAAGCAUGCCAUAACGGCCAGUCAUCCGCUGGUCGUGACCAUUUUCAUCGCUGCAGAGAGCUUCACGGAGAUGAAUAAGUGGAUCAGCAAGCUGUCAGAAGCAGCCGACCGCGGUGAAGAGAUCAACACCGAAGAGUGUUACAGUGAAGACAGCGAUCAGGAAGGCGAUGACUGUACGCUGACUUCCUGUCCUCCGGACCCCGAACAGGAAACAGAAGAAUCGGAGAACGGCGACGGUCUUCAGCCUCUCUGCGAGGCUUCAUCCUCGCCCACGACGCCGACGGAAGACGGACACGACGACGACAACAGCAGUAGCAGCAGCGGAGGAAGAAGAAGAAGUACCUCGGAGGGCGCGCCUUUGUGUAGAAACAGCAGAAGAAGAGCGGCCACGCACGGAGGUGAACGCCUGUCCUGGCAGGAGCAGCCCAGGCCCGAAGGAGCCGAGAGGGCGGUGUCGCUCCCUCUGAUCCACAUCAAUGAAGAGGAGGAGGUCGUGCACGAGAAGCCUCCUGACGAGAUGGAGAGCCUCUACAACCACCUGAGGGCGGCCAGCUUGUCUCCGAUCGGAGGCGCCAAACGGAAAGACUUCAGAGCGUCGUUCAUCAGGCGAUGCGAGAACAACAAGAUGAAUGAAAAGCUUCACAUGCUCAGGAUCCUCAGCAGCACGUUGAAGGCCAAAGAGUCGGAGCUUCAGGCGGUGGAGCAGCUCCUGACCCAACCGGCUCUCACGGCGUCCGUAUACAGGACGUGGAGAACGUCCAACUCCAUUUUACUUCAGGAGAUCAGCCAACGCAACCACGCGGCAGGGGGCGCCGCAGAGCUGAGACCUCCCGAGACCUAACGAGGAUAAAACGCGGUUUCUCUUCCAUACUGACGAAAGAACAAAACGGCUUCAGCCACAACGUGUUGGACUGGGAACAAACAACGAACCCUUCAGAGGGCAGUGGUGGAAAGUAACUAAGUACUUUGAUUUCAUGCAACCUUAUACUUGCCACUACAUUUUUAUUUUUACAGCUUUAGUGUUGUGUUAAUCUGUAUCUAAUCUAAUAAAUGAUGUCACAGAUGCCUGCGUCAAUGGUAAAGUCUAAUUAUUAUCCAGUAAUAAAAUGAUUUAUAUUUUAUUUUACUUUCUACUUUUACUUCUUCCACCACUGUCGGAUGCUUGAGGGAAACACAAUCAGUUUUCUAAUAUCCAAACACACAUUUUGCUUCUUUAACUCGACGUGUUUCUCUGUUGUGAAUCUGAACUUUUAACCAGUUGGCUGCAGUUCCUGCUGGAGGAUGUCAGUGGUUAACACUGGCCUAAACUUGACUGGAAGGUUUUUGGUUUUUAGUGGGUGAAAGGUGAUUAAAUGAACUUUUCUAUCAAUCAAGUGUAGAUGCGUCUUUACGUGAAGAAGUUUCCUCGUCCACGCUACGAUGAUGUUUUCUGGGGGGAAACAUUUUCACAGCAGCUAUUCUGACUGUUGGGAGUUUGAGAAGUGAACAGAAAGAUUGUCUCCUCUGUGUGUUUUGUUAUUUCAUUGAGUUUUUGUUUCAUUAAAAGUUAUUUAAUA